UUUACUUCAAGUUAUUACAGUAUGUCUCUAUAUACAUAUAUAUAUAUAUUUUUUAAUUCAUUUUGGACCAAGGGGGCACAUUUACAUUUCUUACACACACUUGUUAUUUCAUAUGUUGACCAGAGGGGGAGCACUUUUUAAAACCGACACACAGUGUCCCUCCUUUUUGGGACCACUCUAAUUUUGAUAGAUUUCACCACCAGGGGUGCAAAUGAGACAUUCUCUAUUAGAUGCAAUGGUUUUCUGUAUUGGGACCAUGAUUUAUGUCCUGAAUUUUUCACCGAUCCUCAUAUGGAAGCUACUUUUCCUUGUUGAUGUCUCAAGAAGGGUAGGAAUACAAGAACACACACACACACUCACACAGACACACACACACACACACACAUGCACGCACGCACGCACUCACUCAUGCACGCACACUAACCAAUUCACUAGAGUUUUUAUGAAAAUGACGUGAAUGUAAGACCAAUACAGAAGCAUACUGCAUCCAGCCUGUUACCAGGGUGACAGUUUCCAUUGGUGUCACCUAGCAACCGUCCUCCUCCUCUAAACAAAAGGACGGGUGGACAGCGGACUCGAUUCAGGAUGAGCCUAACGAGCUGUUGCCUUGAUGAAAAGUGUGUCGAGCACCGGGCUGACCCGGCGGGUGACAUGUGGGCCUCUAACAAUGCCGAAGUGAGCCCUGAAAGUCAGUCAUUACUGUGCGCCUUCAAGGAGGACACACACGCUGGCAAAGUCUACCUGGCGGGGAGCGAGUAUUUUGGGGAAGACGGACAGACAUUUAAAUUGCGUCUCGUUGGGAAAAUAAAGCAGCAGUUAAGGAGCGAUCCCACCUUGCGUCCAGAGGCUCAAUGUCUGUUUGCUCAAGCAGAGUUCUGCAGGCGAGCUACAGAAGCAGCUUUGGGCCACAACUCCAAGGCUGUUUUGGAGAACAGGGUGUUAAGUGUGCAUACUCCUGAUUUGUCCGGUGCUGUUCGUCUUGGUGCGGAACUUUUGAGACACUGGUUUGAUGUCGGCAACGCUUGGGAUGGACCAGUCUACCUGCCUUCUCCUUGUGAUGAGUCACUGGCUUCUAACUUGCGAGCUGCAGGCCUUCACCACAUCCAUCACUAUUGUUACUGGGAUGAUGAGCGGCGAGGUGUUUGUUUGGAGAAGCUUCUCGCGGAUCUACAAGAGGCUCCUGAGCGAAGUGUUGUUAUUUUGCCAGCUGGUGGACACGACCCCACCGGAGCAGCCCUCUCUCACAAUCAAUGGGUCAUCAUUGCACAGCUAAUCUUGAGGCGUGGGCUGCACCCCUUCAUCUUGCUGCCAACACAGGCUCUUUGCUUUGGAGAUUUAGAACAGGAGGCGUGGCCUGUGUGGUACUUUGCAGCACAGGGCAUGGAGCUGAUGUGCGCUCAGUCCUUCUCACACUGUUUUGGGCUCUAUGGUGAGGCUGUCGGUCACCUAUUGUGUGUGUUGAAACACAAGUCUGUCCUGUCUGCUCUUCAGUCACAAGCGGACAAAUUGUCCCAGUCUCUGUGGGGCCGGCUGCCUACAGCUGGAGCGCGUGUGGUCACCACCAUACUCAGUAACCCGGCUCAUCUUGUGGAAUGGCAGGGAGAAGUCAAUCACAUGGUGAAAAGAAGCAUGCUUAUCAGACUACUCUUGAGAGAAAAACUCCGACUUCUGGGCUCUCCAGGCUGGGACCAUGUGACCAAACUAAGUGGACUCUACUGUUGCCUGGGCCUGAAUGGCCAGCACGUGGAUUUUCUGUCAAACAGCAGGCACGUUUACGUGCUCCCCGGCGGCUAUAUAAAUGUGAGCGCAAUCAACGGCCGUAACUUGGAUUACAUCGCAGAGUCCAUCCACGCGGCGAGCACUUCACUCUGACUGAGCAGCUGCCUUUUGGCCGGUGUCAGCGAAGCUCCACUGAUUGGACCUUUCACUUAGAAGGGCACCAUGUUGGCUCGACUAUUGAUCUAAGGGGAAGUCCAGCUUAUGUCUUCUUUGCAGUUUACGUCCAAGUUUUCCAGUGCAGUCAAAUCUCUCUCGUGAGUCACAUUCUUCCUCAUCGGAAAUAAGAGAAAUAAGAGCUUCAGAGGAAUCUUUCAAGUACCAGUAAAAUGGAAAAACAAGUUACCUCUAUAAUGAACUUUUUUAUUACCGUAUUUUUCGGACUAUAAGUCGCAGUUUUUUUCAUAGUUUGGCCGAGGGUGCGACUUAUACUCAGGAGCGACUUAUGUGUGAAAUUAUUAACACAUUACCGUAAAAUAUCAAAUAAUAUUAUUUAGCUCAUUCACGUAAGAGACUAGACGUAUAAGAUUUCAUGGGAUUUAGCGAUUAGGAGUGACAGAUUGUUUGGUAAACGUAUAGCAUGUUCUAUAUGUUAUAGUUAUUUAAAUGACUCUUACCAUAAUAUGUUACGUUAACA